UAUUGGAAUUGUUCGCGAAUAAUUACGCAUGCUCCCUCCGAUCCGGAUCCGAUCGAAGUAAGGAGACGAUCGACAAUCACCAGAGCGAGCUAGGCCACAGCAAUGAAUUAGCAAAGCCAAAUAGGAUAUGACUUAGAGUGUGAUCCACCCAACACACUAUAGCCAUGGCUUCAUUAGGGCGUCAUAUGAUCCUGACUUGCCUCAAGAUUAGAACCAUUUCUUCUCCAAGAAACCUCCCACUACAGUGUGUGCAAAGACAUUUUCCCACAUUCUUUCAGCUAACCGAGGCUACACAAUCAUUUCACAGCUGUGCUAGAUGCCUUAAAAAUUCAGACAUCCCGCAAGGAUCAGGCAUCUCUAGAGUCGAGAGAAAUACCAUGGUCCUCUCUAAGACCCUCUUUGAGGAAGCCUCGCAGGAUUCACCAAACAAAGGUGCCUUCAAGGAUGUCGUCACCACCUUCACAGAGUUGGACAAGAGACGAAGAGGCCACAUUCAGUUCAUUGAGACGGCACUGAGAUACAUGAAGGCCUUCGGUGUGGAGAAGGACGUUGAUGCCUACAACAAGUUGCUUGAUGUCUUUCCCAAAGGAAAGUAUGUUGCUAAGAAUGCAUAUCAGUCCAUGUUUAAUCACUACCCGGAGCAACAGGUGUGUGGUAUCAAGGUUCUACAGCAAAUGGAAGACAAUGGGGUCUUACCAAACAACGAUACCAAGGAAAUCCUUAUCAGUGUUUUUGGUCGGAAGGCCCAUCCCAUCAAGAAGUACCAGCGCCUGAUGUAUUGGUUCCCUAAGUUCAGGAACAUCAAUCCUUUCCCGCUCCCCCAGGAGAUGCCAUCAGACCCCAUUAAACUCAGUGAGAUUGGACUGAAGAGGAUAUCAGAAUAUGAAGCAGAAUUCACGGUCUAUAGUUUUGAUAGGUCUAGUGAGACAUCAGUAAUAUGCCAGGGCGAGGAUUACUCUGAUCUCCAAGGCCAGGACUACAUCGCUAGUGUGCAGAGUCCAGACCAGAAAGAGGACCUGGCCCAGCACCAAAUCUUCAGACCUCUCUAUGUAGAAGGACCUUACACACUAUGGCUCAAAACAACCAGACAGCCGUACUAUGUGUUAAGAACAGACCCAAUGGAGUUACAGGAUCCCAUCAUGUAUGACAGAGGUCAACUUCCCCCAGCCCCUCGAGAAGGCAAUGUCUACGCCAUGUGCAUGACCAGCGAUGGAAACCGAGCAGUGUUGAGUGAAUGGAUCAAUAGACUACAAGAUGAAAAUCCUCACUUAGCGAGGCUCACAGUCAUUUUUAACCUGUUUGACAAGAAAGGUGAUGGCCAGGACACCCAGAUUCAUCAUAUAGGAGAGGGAAACAAGAUGCUUGGAAGUUGAUGUUAAUUGAACUGAGAUAAACUUAAUUGGAUAGAGUAUUUAUAACCCCCACUCUAUCAGGUGUGUAGGAGUUUUUAACCUAUUCUACAAGACAUGCAAUGGCUAGGACACCCCCAUUUAUCAUAGAGGAGAGAAUCUUUAAGAUACUAUGAUGAUGGUGGUAAUAGAAAUGUGAGCACCCAGAUCUAGUCAGGCUCACAGUGAUCUUUAAUCUGUUUGACAAGGAAUACAAUGGCAAUGACCCAAAUGAUUCAUCAUAAUACAGAUGGAAUUUAGACACAAGGGAGUCUAGAAAAUACUAUAUUAAGAAACUGAUUUAUAUAAAGAAUUAAAAUUCCUCACCCAGUGUUUAACUUUCUUCAUCAUAUAAGGGAGGGAACUAAGAUGCUAUGAAGUUGAUAGGAAAAUGGUUAUGUAUGGAAAUUAAUAGGGAAUAUAGAACCCUCACCUAUUGGAGCUAACAGUCAUCUUUAACCUCUUUCAGCUCACAAAGAAUGUUUUGUUCUUAAUGAUUAAUGUGCAAGAUGCUCGGUAAAGGGAAGCAGGUUGAAUUUAUCAUUGUUGCACCCUUUUGAAACUAGGAGAGAGUAACAUGUCAUUUAUCAUUAAGCUGAUUUGCAUCCUCAACACAGACAUAGAAUCUGUUGGUUGUGUGUAAAUGGGGAAGUUGCCAUAGUAAAACCAUGCUUCUCAUUCUUGUUUUAAAUUUUGAUUGUCCUUGGCAAGAUCUGUGUCAGUGGAGAUAUCAAACACACAGCUUAUGCCAUGAAGCAAUGGCCAAGGACCCUUUUUCUCUAGAUGUCACACAUCCAUGUUGUAGUGACAAAAGCAGUUGGUAAUGAAAGUUGUUAUAUGUGGCAUGACUCUCGAUACCCUAUUAAUACUCCCCUACAUCAGAGAAUGCUUUGUCUGUCAUCAAACCUUUAAGGAUAUAUUGGAGGAUUUCAAAAAUAUUCAAUUUAAUAACACUUGUAUAUGAAAUGGCUGUCAGAUAUCACAAAUGACAUGAAUGGAUAAUGUGUUACCAAGUCAAGGUCAAAGGUCAAUUGAGGUCAAUGAACUUUUAAUUUAUAUUUUUUUAAAUCCAAUUUUUGACCAAAUGGCCAUCUUCUAAUUUUGGAAUAGCCUUAGAACUCUCAUUCUGACUGCAUUUGGGCUAAUUCCAACUUUAAUGUGACUAUGGUACAGUUUUUAUAAUGGAGCUAGCACAUAAAGAAAAAAAUAACAGCUUUCCAUUACAGGUUAUAUUCUGGUUCUCAAAAUUUUAGAUAUGUGAAUAAUGAUACUGGUUUUGACCAUCUACUUUGUCAGGAGGUACUUGAUAAGAAAAAAGCUGGUUAAUGUUUGCCAUUGAAAGGGCUUAGAGUUGGUUUACUUCUUAAAGGAGAUCCAAACCAUGAGCCUUGUGAAGCACCACCUAAAGUCCUCAACUACUCAAACCUGGCCAGGUUGCUAACCCAUAAUGCAACAUUCUGAACGGCUUAUUUUUAUAUAGACCCAUUUACUGUAUAAGCUAGUUUUGUGGGGGCUUAUUUUCGUGAAUUGCCGAUAGACCGCAAAAUUAACAACGCGCAAAAUUAUUGACACAUUCAGUAAUCAGUGCCAGUGUCCCCAACAGCAAAGCUUUGCUAUUGUAAACAUCCUGUGUGGUAAAAAAUUGAGAGAUGCACCUAUAUAUAUAUACAAAAAAUAAUGUUGAGAAAGUACAGUUAGUAAUUCCAAAAGUUAGCUAGAAUUUCACUUUAUAUUUCUCGAACAAAAUCAGAGCCUAAAUUAUUUCUUAUCCCUAUUUUUAUCAAUAUUCAGUCUUUCACUGUAAUAUUACAAUGUAUUUUCCAUGAAAUGAUUUGAUUUUGUUGUCAUCUGAUUUACUCUAUACACAGGUACAUUGCCAGCUAUUUGCAUACUCAUUCAUAAGUCACAUGACCAGAGGUGUUAGAGGUGUAAGAUUUUGUUCACCAUUUUUGCACUUAAAACACAUCUUCCAAAGAUUGCUUUUUACAGAUCAAACUGUGACAGGAUUAAUUUUUAGAUCUAAAGGUACAAAAAAGGUGAAAUUUAAGCCACUUUUCUAAUACUUUUUAACUUUUUUUACAGGGACAUAUUUAUGUACAAAAGACAGGUCAGCAUGGGGACUUUAAGGAGCAUAUUUUUGUGGAUGUUUUGCACCAUUUUGCUUUUUCUGAAAUUCUGUGGAAGUGUUGGGUACUUCUAUUGAUCGAGAAUUCAACAACCCGCGAAAAAGUCAGGACCCCUGCGAUUCGAAAAUAAUUUCUGUACGCGAGUGUUAGUCAGUUCACUCCCUCUCUGAAAAUUGUUAUUACUGGUAUAGUUGCCAAACCAAAGCCAUAUUGCAAGUGGAUGUCAAAAGUGGAGAUCAAGUUUUCAAAUAUCCGUCAUACCUACCCAUGCCCAUGCAUGUUCACUGUUGAAUUUACUCAUUUAGAGUUUAAAAGAAUAAAAGAUAUUUCUCAUAUUAUAUGUCAAUCAUUGAUAUUAUGUUUGUGAUAUAUGAUUACAUUUUUGAAUAUAUCAAACUUGUUGAAUUUUUUUGUUGGGUUUUACUUUCACUUUCUUUAUAAUAAUAUAUUACAUGCAUGUCAAAGUCAAA